CCCCUCUCCUUGCCCCCCUCCCGAUUCGCUUCAGCCCCGAGGGAGUGGUGCCAGAGACAUCAUCAGAGCCCCUCUUUUGGUGCUCAGACACCACCAACACACAGCAGUGAGAGCACUUGUUUCAUGCCGUCAACCAUUUGCAUUGAAGCCAUCCAUGAUACGUCGCCAGGGCUCAGACGAAAUCUGCACAAGGAUGGCACAAGAUAGAGGGUCACAGCCGGUGUCUUCCGACUCGAUUGCAACUUUGCAACGUGGAAGCUUUCUCAAAUCAACUCGUAUCCCUCCUGCAAUUGUACAGUAGUGGUGUCGGUUGUUAGCCACUCUCGGCAUCACCUGUGCACACCUAUGCAGCGGACGUGCAUUCAAGCGCGCUGCUUGCUGCAAGGAAUGAACGAGUGAGCUUCUGUCCAACAACGAUAAUAUGUGCUCUCCUGGGCAUUAAUACUGCAGAGCAGAAGGUUUGGCCGUGGUCGUAGACAGUCUUUAUCAACGAUUUGCUGAAGCCGACCGUCGCAAGAAAUGUGGCGGGCAGCUUUCCAUGGAAAACUGGAGAUCUUUGACCAGGCCCCUUGCCAGCGAGAUCCAGUCUCGGUACCAAUCGCCAGCACUCCACUCCACUCCACUCCGUGGAUGAGGCAGGCAGGCAGGCAGGCAGGGAGGCUAGAACUCCGGAAUCCUGAGAAGCUCCCAGAAAGAGACGACAAAGUCUCCUGGUUUCGGAUGAAAGACCGCAAAGCAGCUCUGGCUGAACUGAUGGAGACUUCGUUCGCACGCGAACAAGCCGCGCUCGACGACAGACUAUCCACUUUGGGCAGUCUGGCUUGUCUCAUUUGCUGAAUCCAAGCACCUGCUUCGUGGGGUAAGGACGGAAGCCUUCCUCAUGCGGCUCAGCAGGGGGGCUCGGGGGGUUCACUUUCUCAAUUUCGAUGGAUCUCCCGUCCGGCCAUUCAAUCUUCCCUUCCCUUCCCUUUUUAACCCUCCGCUGCGCUGCGCUGCGCUGCGCUGCCCUGCCCAUGCCUGUCGUCUCCUAUCGAACCGGUUUCAUGGGUGUCUCCUUGUCGGUCGAUGACAGGCGUCGCAGAGUUAUAUGAUCUGUGAUGCAUCCGCUAUGCAUAGACUACUGAAAUUCCAGCUCUUCCUAUUCAUGGAGCAGGGAAGGCCCACGACAAGACCUCACCGAUUGUGCUUUAUGAUGUGCAAUGUCAUGGCAUGUGUCUAGAACAUCUGACGCACUUCCGAGCCUACCCAACGCCACUGAAUUUAUCUCCAGGACCUGGCAGCAAAUGUAUAUCUCACCGGCUCUGAUCCGUCGCCUCUGAGCCUUAGGUGGAACAAGUCAGUCCUAUCACCAGUCUUUACCAUGAGCAAAUUCCGAGGAACGGGAAAAUGGCGAGCAGAGGGCCCGGCGCGCUCGAACACAGGAACUUCAAUACGAGGGAAGACUAUCUCACAACCCAUUCCAUUCCCGGACGACGAUGAAUUCCCAAUCCGAACUCCAGGAUGCGGGAUAGCACUACCCCUGGGCGCAGAUGGCAUUGAAAGACUGAGAGAAUCAACGGCGACCGACGAGAUUGACAGUACAUCCCACCAAACAGGCAUUGCCGUGAGCGACUAUACAACCGGCACCAGAACACCUCCUAUGCCCACGGAGCCUCCUCCCCCUCUACCAGAAGCCCAAGUCAUGCGUAACAUCCAAGGGCACCGUCCCAAUCAGCCCAGCGGGCUCAGGAACUCCAUUGCAAGUGUGCCGGAUGCCCCAAGCAUUGACAAGCCACAAAGGAAGAAGUCCUCCUUGAGAUCUGUCUUUGGAAAGCUAUUCGGUAAGAAGCGGAAAGGAAGUAGCCCGUCAAGCAGUAAGAGAGCAAGCGGAACUAGUGAUGUGCGAGCUGGGCAGCAUCGGAGCGAUCCAUCGGCAUUGAAUCGAAUUACGCAAGGCACCAUGAACUCGCAAAAGCGCUCAGCAUCCCUUCCAAUCAACGAAUUCAAUCGCGCACUUCGAUCGCACAGCAUUGUCGCAACCGACUUCCAAGAUAUAGGGAGCGAUAAUGCGACCGAUCCAAACCGCGAAUCAUUACAAGGAGAUAGGCAGAGUAGGCCGCGGAGGGCAACAACACCAAGCCGAUUGUGGACGCCAAACAAAGUACCGGGAUAUGCGGAUUGGACAGGGCUUUCACCGCGGCCAGCCAGCAGCCACGCUCGCGGCAGUAAGGCUAUCUCAGACGAGGACGCCAAUUCGGCGAUUGGAACAGCGGUUACAAGUAGCAACCACCCGAACAGACGUUCCAGGAGUGUUGGUGAGCUACAAGAGGCUAUGAGAAUACAUGCCGUUACAAGGCGGCGUAGCGACGAGAUAAGAUACUGGCGGGAAAGUUAUGAUCCAGGAUUGCUAUCCCCCAUGUCCUCAAAUAAGGCAGAGACGGAAGACCCCAUUCCGGUUGAGACUGAAAAUCCACGUGAUGAAGAGCCCCCUAAACCAGAGCCCUUCAAUUUUGGGCCCCUGGGCGAGAUGGCGGGUAUGAAAAUUACGCAAGCUGCAAGUUUGGAGACGAGAGUUCAGCGGCUGGAAGGCCGAAUGAAUAAGGUGGAGAGGAGUGUGUCCGGGUUCAGGAACGACGCACCCAUUCAGCUCCAGGAUCCGCCCAAGAGAAACUCCGCAAGCUACCGAAGUAGAUCGGGCACGAGACCAACAACACGACAAUCAGAGGUAUCUUUACCCAAGAAUCCAAGAUGUCGAGAUACGCAAGCUCGAGGGGAAUCUCGUGGAAGCAGACAAGGCAGCCAGAAUCGGUCAUCUUCCUACAGCAGUAGCCGGCCAUCAACAAUGUCUACGAAUGUUUCACAGCUUCAGUCGUUUGAUACGACAGCUGGAGAGUUGCUCUCUAUUGAAGCAGCAGAUUCGGCCCAGACUACCGCACGUCCGCUUUCUACUUCCACAACGAUACGCGGCAUUCCAUCUAGUUCUCCUACCAUGCCGGCCGACGGGACUCUGAAUGGCGAACACUUCAAAGCUCUCACCGACAUGAUCCACGCCGAACAGUCAGAACGCCUGAAACUUGAAUCUGUAAUUCAUAGCCUCCAACGUCAACUUCAGACCGUCCUAUUAGCCAGCAGGAAUACCUAUCCCACACCCGACUCUGCUGCUCCUCCUCACGAAGGCGGUAUAGAAGGCAGUAAUUUCUCCAACUUCGAGCAAGAUGACAGCAGUGACGAUGAUGGGCGGUACGUUAACGAAGAGGUCUUUCAGACGCCGAAUGAAGAGCGGAAUCACUUCGAAGACGAGAUUUUCGGCGAUGUAUCCGGAAAUACGAACGACGGGAAGAACGCUCCGCGCACCUUGAGCCUGAGCCAGAUCACGCUGGGGAGGAAUGUGCAGCCGAGUCUGAACUUUUAGCAUAUCUAGCAUUUCCUGCAUUUGUUUCAUUUGUCUUUAGGGGAAAGGCUUUAUAUGAUACCACGGGGAUUUAUGACUCGCGCCCCUUACGAGGUGGAUGUUGUCUUGUAUGAUUUAUGCGAAGCGAGACUUUGCUGCGGGUUCAGUCUGUACUGCGGAAAGCGAUUGGGCGAUUAGCAUUUGCAUAGCGGGAUUUUGGUAUUUGAUAUUUUUAUAGUUGGGUAAUGUACAUGGUGAA